AUGUCUUCUGUAAAAAGAAGUCCAAACCAAGAAAUUAUAUCCCAAUUUCACUAUUCAGCUGCAGAAGGAGAUAUUGCCAGGUUAACAGUAAUGCUCAGUCAUUCUCCAUCUCUUCUCAAUGAAACUUCUGAAAAUGGCUGGACUGCUUUAAUGUAUGCUGCAAGGAAUGGGCACCCAGAUGUUGUCCAGUUUCUACUUGAGAAAGGGUGCGACAGAUCCAUUAUCAAUAAAUCAAGGCAGUCUGCACUGGAUAUUGCUAAAUUUUGGGGUUAUAAGCAUAUAGCUAACUUACUAGCUAAUGUUAAAGGUGGGAAGAAGCCUUGGUUCCUAACCAGUGAAAUGGAAGAAUGUGAAAAUUAUUUUAGCAAGACACUACUGGACCGGAAAAGUGAAAAAAGAAAUAAUUCUGACUGGCUGUUAGCAAAAGAAAGCCAUCCAGCCACAGUUUAUAUCCUUUUCUCAGAUUUAAAUCCCUUGGUUACUCUAGGUGGCAAUAAAGAAAGUUUCCAACAGCCGGAAGUCAGGCUUUGUCAGCUGAACUACACAGAUAUAAAGGAUUAUUUGGCUCAGCCUGAGAAGAUCACCUUGAUUUUCCUUGGAGUAGAACUUGAAAUGAAAAAAGAGUUGUUUAAUUAUGCUGGGGAAGUCUCACAAGAAAAAGAUGCAGAAAAAGAUGCGUUGGUUGCCUGGUUUGCUUUAGGUAUAGAUCCUGUUGCUGCUGAAGAAUUUAAGCAAACCCAUGAAAAUUGCUAUUUUCUUCAUCCUCCAAUGCCAGCUCUUCUGCAGUUGAAAGAAAAAGAAGCUGGGGUUGUAGCUCAAGCAAGAUCUGUCCUCGCCUGGCACAGUCGAUAUAAGUUCUGCCCAACCUGCGGAAGUGCAACUAAAAUUGAAGAAGGUGGCUAUAAAAGAGUAUGCUUAAAAGAAGACUGUCCUAGCCUCCGUGGUGUUCACAAUACAUCAUACCCAAGAGUUGAUCCAGUAGUAAUCAUGCAAGUUAUUCAUCCAGAUGGGACCAAAUGUCUUUUAGGCAGGCAGAAAAGAUUUCCUCCAGGCAUGUUUACCUGCCUUGCUGGAUUUAUUGAACCUGGGGAGACAAUAGAAGAUGCUGUUCGGAGAGAAGUAGAAGAAGAAAGUGGAGUCAAAGUUGGCCAUGUUCAGUAUGUCUCUUGUCAACCAUGGCCUAUGCCCUCCUCCUUAAUGAUUGGUUGCUUAGCUGUGGCAGUGUCUACAGAAAUUAAAGUUGACAAGAAUGAAAUAGAGGAUGCCCGCUGGUUCACUAGAGAACAGGUUGUGGAUGUUCUGACCAAAGGGAAGCAGCAGGCAUUCUUUGUGCCACCAAGCAGAGCUAUUGCACAUCAACUAAUCAAACACUGGAUUGGAAUGAACCCCAAUCUUUAA